AUGGAAAAUGAUGAAGUUUUCGAAUGUGAUCACCUCUUCCUGACCAUUCCAGCUUUCGUUUCGUCCCGGCUUUUUGACAAAUUGGAUCCAAACUUGAGCAAUAUUCUCAAUAACAUCCCUUUUGUCGACGUGGGCGUGGUAAAUCUCGAGUUUGAAGGCCGUGUAACGGAUAUUGAAGCCUUUGGGUUUCUUGUGCCGUCCAAUCAACCAGUUCGCAUCUUAGGUACAACCUUCGACACUUGUGCCUUUCCCCAGGGAAACAAAACCAUUUUCACUGUCAUGAUGGGUGGGAAAUGGUUCCAAGAAUUAUUCGGAGAGAAUCCGAGUCCGGAUUCUCUCGGAGAAAUCGCGUUGAGCGAACUGAGGCACAUCAUGAACAUCCAAGAACAACCCAACCGGGUCAUGGUCAAGAUUCAUAGAAAGUGCAUUGCACAAUAUAUUGUGGGUCAUAAGCAACAAGUGCAAUUGGCUCGGGAACGUGUGAGAUCACAUGGCUAUCCCUUGAGUUUGGUCGGGAGCAGUUAUGAUGGAGCGGGCGUAAAUGAUGUGAUCAUGAGUGGCAAGCAACAAGUGCUCGCCGUGUUCGAGUAA